AUGGACGGGCCAAACUACAUUUUGUUCAAAGGAACAAAGCGUCUGACUUUAAAAGAGGAUGACAUGAUUGCGGAAAAAAUUGCCCGCAUAUUCCAGGUAUACGCUCCUAGCCUGUAUAUAACAGAUGAUGACAACGUCGCAAUUUUUCCCGGAACGAGCGGGCAUUUCAGCUGUUUCGACCUGCGCCCUCGUGGGCAUUACGAAGUCCACGGGGACGACAUCGCUCUCCCCGUGGCAGAACAGGUACCACAAUCAGGGACCCGGUUCCAGUUCCAGAGAAGUAGCGCAACUGUAACGGCUGCUUUGGGAUCACCUGGGCAGGCUUGCAGCACUCCCCUUCGCGCAAGCAUGAACACUUCAUUUCAAAGGACUGUUUUCAUUGCUGAGCUCAACCAGGGAAAGCUGAGGCCUGCCCGAAUGGUUGUCGUACGACUGCUUGAGUUUGAAGCUACCAUCACUGGUAUACUGGCUAAAAUACAUGAUGCCCUGCAGUGUGAGGACCCUUUUGUCCUGACAGAUGCUCAGGGAAAUGAGAUUGUGGAUUCAGAGGGAACACGAGGUUCCAAAUACUGGAGGCAAAAUGCCAAAAAGUUUUUUGCUGUCCCAGAGCAGGUCUUCCAUCAAUUCCAGCAGGGAACAAAGGGAAAGAAACAGACGUAA